AUGAAUCUCGUAUCUCGUAUCAUUCCCGGAGCAUUAAAUAAUGCCAACAAAGAUGCAAUUGAUUGGAAUUAUCAUGGUCUGAUUGCAUAUGGUUGCCAAUCGAGUGUAGUCGUGCUUGAUCCACAGUCAUUUCGAGUUUUACAAUGUAUGGAGAAAUAUCAUGAGCCAAUUGUUAAAGUUAAAUGGGCUCCGGACAAUUUUUAUCACAAUAUUGAUGAUGCUUAUAAUUUAAAACUUGCCAGUGCUGAUUCGACUGGCAAUAUUCUUAUCUGGGAUGUUUAUAAAUCUUCUAUUCAAUCCGAACUUCGUGAUGGAAACAAAUCGAUAGCUGAUAUGUUAUGGUAUUCUACAGAUAGUAAUCCUCAGCUUUUACUUGUUGUUUAUUCGCCGAAUAUUGUCACAUUGUGGAAUACACAAACAGGAGCCAAGAUUUGGCGCGUUGUCUAUGAUCAAGAACGACAACGAGAAACAGAAUCGUAUCUACAAAUCAUUCAAGAUCCUUUCAAUCAUCAACGAAUCAUAUUACUUGGUCAGUCAAGUUUAACAUUUGUCGAGGAUUUUUCACCAGUCAAUGCACCAAGUGGACAAUCUCGUCGAUUUUACAUAUCGAAUACAAACAAUAAUAACAAUAAACCCACAUCACAUGGUUACAAACGAAGUGCAUCAAUGAAUUCGAUAUCAUCAACCAGUUCGCAAUUAACAACACGUUUAAAAGCGAUUAUCGAAGGAGCUGAGCAUACAAAACAAGAUGAUCAAUUAUUGUCGACAAUCGUUAGCUUGAAUGAUUGUAUCCAAGUUUUGUUUCAUCCGAUACAUCGCCAUUUGAUAUUGAUUGUCUAUCCACGUGAGAUUUUGAUAUUUGAUUUGCAAAUUUUGCAAACUGUUGGCACGAUUCUAUGUGAAAAGAACUCCGCAGCAUUUUAUAAGAUCUAUGGAUGUUCUCGACGUGAUGCAUUUAUAUGUUUUCAUGAAAGUGGAACGAUCAGUGUACGAAAUCGACAUUUAGAAAACAGCAGCAUCGCAGCACUGCAAUCAUUUAAUACUGCAUUGACUGAUUUUAUUGUUGAUAUAACUUAUGAUCUUGUAUAUUAUUCUGAUCCAUUCCGAUUGUCGAAGAAUACACGUAUAUGUUCGUUUUGUGUGUCACCAAAGAAUGAAACAGUGAUAAGUGUCAUUUUAACCGAUGGCAAAGUUUUGUUUUGGAAUAUUGAUCAAAAAGAAUUAUCAACAUCGGCAACGGUCGAAAUGAAUAAUGAAGGAAACAAUGGAAAUCAUAUUCCAUUAGGUGGGGUGAUGUUUGCAUCACCACCUGCUCCAUAUACAAUUCAAAUGUGUUCGCCAAUGACGGCUAAGAAUUGGAAAGACUGGAUACCAUUGUUAGCUGUUGGUUGUCAUAAUGGAGAUAUUGUUAUUUUUGAUCUCAAUGAUGGAAGUAUUCAACGACAAUUGGCUGUUCAUUCCUGUCCUGUUCGAGGGAUAGCUUGGAUAUCAACUCACAUCAUUCUUUCAUGGGGAUAUCAGGCACCUAGUGAUGGUCGUACAACAGUGCGUAAUGAAAUCUUUAUGACUCACAUUUCAUCAGGACGACAAGAACCGUUCCGAUCAGAAAUCAAUCAUGAUGAAUCUCCAAUAGAAAGUUUCAAAGUUUCGCAUACAAAAAAUUACUUGAUUAUUCUAUUUCGUGAUCAACCAUUCGAAUUAUGGGAUUUGAAAUCAUUUACAUUGAUUCGACGAUUACCGAAAAAAUGUCCAAAAAUCUUAGCUUUGGAUUGGUCGCCGAAUGUUCUCGUAAUGAAAAAACCACUCGGAGAAACGAAAGUGAAUAGUAGCACUGAAUCUGAACAGGAACUGCAUCGAGUCAAUAGUGCAGAAGUCGAAACAAGUUCUGUUGAUUUUGAUAAAAAAUCAUCGCGAGAAAACUUCAUCUUUACUGAUGAAUACAAUCUAUUGUAUCAUUUUUAUGUCGAAGGACGAACUAUCAAAGAAGUGGCAACUGUUCCGCCUGAUCAUUCAUCAUCGGCAACAACUGAUCUUGUCUUGAAAGGUGAUUACCUGAUUUCCGGUGACGUCGAUGGUAUUCUACAGAUCUUCAACAUCAAAUUAAAACAAAACAAAUCGUUUAAUACGAGACGAAGUCCGAUUCGUAAACUUCGUUUUGCUCCGGGUAAAGGCAACUUUCGCGCCUUUGUUUUAUUCAACGAUGGCGUUGACAUCUGGGACAUUCGUGACCGUGACCGUAUUAGCACAUUGAAAUUUCCAAGAGAUACAAUUCAAGUCACCGAUGGCGAAUGGGCAAGUUCGGAUAAAGUGGUUUUGGCUUGUUCGGAUCAUUGCAUAAGAGUCUAUGAAAUGAAUUUAGUUGACUCAUCAAGUUCAUUAGAAUUUCAAACCAUUGAACAAAAAACAUUAUUACCAUAUUUUAUACUUGCCCGUAAUGCCAAUCUGUUGAAACAUUUAUUAUGUAUAAAUAACGGUACAUUGGAUGAAUUGGUGAAAAAAUGUGAGGAUACGAAUCUAAAUGGGUUACUCGAAAAGGAAUUAUCAAAACUUGACCAACAAUUCAAAGAUUCAUUGGUAAAAACGAAAUCGACUAUUGAUCGUUGUUUAUUGAUCGCUAAUCUAUUCAACGAUCCAUGGGAACAACGUUUCUGGCAUUUAACCAAAUACUAUCUUCAUCAAUACAGUUCAUCGAACGGCAAUUCAUCUGAUUCAACAUCUCUUCUUCCAUCUUAUGAUUUACUUCUCGAUUCAAAAACCUUCGAACAACUUCAUCUAGAACGAACAGUUCGUCGCGAUAUUAAAUGCACAUCCACAUCAUCACCAGCCGUCCUAUCGCAAUGUAUUGAUUCCUACAUUGCACUUAAACAAAGCGACCGUGCUGUACAAUUGUUGCUUGACACCGAUCCAAAUGAUGAUACAUACGCGUUCAACUGUAUCAAAGCUUGUCUCAUAUCGACAAUGCAAAAGCAACCGAAUGAAACGUCGAAGAAUACGGUGACGAAAUUAGUUGCGACAAAUCUAAUUGCGAAUGGAAAAGUCAAUGAAGGUGUACAGCUUCUAUGUACAAUUGAUCUAUGCGUUGAAGCAUGUCGAUAUCUACAAGAUCAUAAUCAAUGGGAAGAUUCAAUAUGUUUAGCGAAACUACGUUUAAAACCGAAUUCUACUGAAUAUAUCGAUAUUCUUAAACGAUGGUCAGAGCAUCUUCGUCUUCAUUCCCAAACAUCGAAACUAACUUCUGCUAUUGUCUUAAUCUCAUGUGGACAAUUUCGGCGUGCGAUUGAAGUUUUGCACAAUCAAGGUGCCAUUGAAUUAGCAAUACGUUUAUUCGAAUGCUGCAAACAAUUCGGCAUUGAUGACGGUACAAUGGGACAGAAAUUAUUUGACGAUUAUGUCGAUUUAAUGCAAUCGUUUGGUUUUAUGUCCAUUGCUAAUGAUUAUCGAACAACAGUAGUUGUCUAA